AUGUUCUUUACUGACGUCCGAAGCUCGUACCCGGCUGAAGCUGAUUACGAAGAAACUGUGACGCCGCCGACGUGUCGAUGAUAUUAUCCGGGCGUAGCCGGGUUCCCCCCCCUCCCCUCCCCCCCCCCCCCCCCCCCCCCCCCCCCCUCCCCUGAUGUUAGGAGGGAUGGAAGUGGAACGGUUCGGAUGUGUGGAUGUGUAUACAGUAUAUGCUCGGAGGACGUUUUGUAAUCUCCGUAGGAAGUGACAACUACCGCGACGACACACAAGCAGGCUCGCUGCAGUGUAUUGACUAUAGCGACGUAUCGUAGACUGCUAUACAGCGCGCCACGGAUCUACGGUACGCCCAGUGCGACGGGAGGAAGUUCAGUCGCGCGAGAUUGCGCAGUGAUUCGCGACGAGUUCGCGCGCAGCCCGGCAUCGGAGCGGCGGAGCCUAUAAAGUGUCGCGACACUCGUCGGCACGCGGUGCUCGUGCGCGUGUCGACUCGCCGAACGGACGAGGCUCUCGAAGGACCGCCCUUGGGAGGCCGAAAAAGAAGCGCGCGAUGGCCAAGACUUUGCUGCAGACUCCAAGUUCGCCCUGGGUGCUCUCCGAAAGGAAGGGCUCGUCCCGCGUGGCUGAAAAGGCGGGCAUACCAGUCCAAGGUUCUCCGGGAGUCUACCGGCGCCUGAGUGCCGCCAACACCGCAGCCACGAAUAAUCAUGUCCAGCGAGUUCAGAAUCACGCCGCUAGGCGGGGCAGCAUCGUUCCCGAUCUUCUCGCUGUCAAAAUGGCGGAGGCGGGUUGCGCGUCAACUUCAUGGCCCAACCUCAAGGAGGAUUACGAACUCGGCGAAGUUAUCGGUGUUGGUGCCACCGCUACCGUCCACACCGCAUACUGCAAGCCAAGGAAAGAAAGAUGUGCAAUCAAGCGCAUCAACCUGGAGAAGUGGAACACAAGCAUGGAGGAACUCCUGAAAGAGAUCCAGGCCAUGAGUGCAUGCCACCAUGAAAAUGUGGUGACUUAUCACACCUCGUUUGUGGUGAGGGAAGAGCUAUGGUUAGUGAUAAAGCUGCUCUCAGGAGGGUCCCUGUUAGACAUCAUAAAGCACAAGAUGAAGACCGAGGACUGCAAACAUGGCGUCUUUGACGAAGCCACCAUUGCCACUGUCCUCAAAGAGGUGCUCAAAGGUCUCGAAUACUUCCACAACAACGGACAGAUUCACAGAGAUAUCAAGGCUGGAAACAUCCUUCUUGGCGAAGAUGGUGCAGUGCAGAUUGCAGAUUUUGGUGUGAGCUCUUGGCUGGCGACUGGUGGCGAUCUCUCUCGGCAAAAGUCGAGGCACACUUUCGUGGGCACACCGUGUUGGAUGGCUCCAGAAGUCAUGGAACAGGUGACAGGGUAUGACUUCAAGGCUGACAUUUGGAGCUUUGGCAUUACAGCCAUCGAGCUGGUGACUGGCACAGCUCCGUACCACAAGUAUCCGCCGAUGAAGGUCCUGAUGCUAACCCUGCAAAACGAUCCUCCGACACUUGAGAUGGCAAGUGACGACAAGGAUCAGUACAAAAACUACGGCAAGUCCAUCCGAAAGAUGAUCAUCGAGUGCCUUCAGAAGGAUCCCACCAAGCGGCCUACAGCAACUGAGCUCUUGAAGCACCAGUUUUUUAAGAAAGCCAAGGAUCGGAAGUACCUUAUGCAAACCCUGCUGACGUGUGCCCCUACGAUAGAGGCAAGAGCACAAAAGCUGAAGAACAGCCGGAGGGUCCCCGGCACCAGUGGCCGCCUACACCGGACGGAGACGGGAGACUGGGUCUGGUCCGACGGCGAGGACGACGAGGAUUCGCCCGACGAACGGGACCUUGCUGCGAGAGAUGAAGCCAUCCUGAAGGCGAACCAAUCGACGAGCUCCUCGGACAGCGCCAUCGACAACGCAGUGCCCGCGGAUCACGACGCCACCACCACCUCUGGCACCUCUUCGGGUGGUUCUGCGUCGGGCGCGGUGCCCGCCAGUCUCCCACCCCAGCAGCCAGCCGCACCGGUUGCUGAGCUUGCGCUGAAUGACGUCCAACCUCCGGCUGUCCCCUCUGCAGUAAUCUCAACCGAAACGAUGAACCUUGUCCUCAGGAUAAGGAACCAAAGGAAAGAGCUCAACGACAUCAGGUUCGAGUUCACACGUGACAAGGACACGGCGGACGGCAUUGCAUCUGAGCUCAAGGGAGCUGGUCUCGUAGACGGAAAGGAUGUCGUGGUUGUGGCCGCUAACCUGCAGAAGCUCAUUGAUAACCCCACCAUGAAGACCACCACUUUUGCCUUGAAGCAGACCGACGUCUCUGCCGCUCCCGACGCCCCCGACGACAAGGCGCUCAUUGGUUUUGCUCAACUUUCAAUCGUAGACUAAACCGGAGCAAGUGUUGAAAGUUGGCAGAACCCAGCGCUGCCCACAAGACACCCCACCACCCCCUUUUUAUUUAAUUGGCCGCAACGGGGCAGGCGCCGUCACCUGCCCCGCACAAAAAAGAAAAAGGAGGAAAACGGCAGUCGCUAUCGUUCCCUUUUGUAAAGAGUGUAAAUUUCGCCGCUUAACCACGCGACAGAGAGAGCGAGAGACUACAUACAGGAAACUGCCACCGGUGGCGCCACACGUCUUCUCACAAAUCCUCUAGACGCCUGCACUUUUGUAUAAGCCUUAGACGCGACAGCGGCGACCAGGUGCCGCCGCCUGUGCCAUUGCAAGACCCUCCCCAUUUCGACGAGCGGCUCUGUCUCUUUCGCGUUCCCUCGGCGACCGUGCGGACCAGGGGGCAAGGUAUGCAAGUGUACCAUAGUCGCGGAUCCGCUGCCUUUCACAGCCCUUCCUCCCCCUCCCCUUCGUGGAGCAUUUAUGUCGGGUGAAAUGCCACUGUGGUCAGUUUAAUUUAUUCAGAGGGAGUCCUAGAUGCAAAAAAAUAAACAGUUUUCAGAGGAGA